AAGAAGCAGAAUAAACGGUCUGCUAAAUUCGCCUUUUUAUGCCUCAAUUAUGGAUGUUUCCAUCUUAAACGAGAGUCAUAACGACAGAACUGACCGAAAAAAAUAUAUCAAAAAACUCCAAGCACAGAAGACUGCUGAUGUUAGAGAGGCGUUUGUGAAAGCUGCAAAAGAUGGAGAGGUUGAGCUCUUCUGUGACUUCAUGGAGAAAAAUGCCUGCAAGGCUGAUCUGUUUGACGUCACCAGCCUCGUUGACAUACUUGAUUUUCGCCAACUGGAUGAUCUGUGGAAAGGGUUGAAUGCGAUGUGUAUGAACACGCUCCUGAGCUUUGAAGAUGGCCAAGAAGCAGAUGUGAUGGAUGUGGCUGCGAAAAUGCGGAGUACAACCCUCCAAGGCAUUGUAACCGUUGCCUUGGCAACUAUCGCCAAAGACACCCAAACUGUUCCAAAAGAUCUUUAUGAAACAGCACUUGUUCUGAAUGGCAUACUGUCAACCCUUCCUGAGAUCUACAAGAAGGUCAAGGACGGUAUCUCAAAGCUGUGCGAGACGUGGUGUACGAGUAACAUGGAGGGCCGUGAACAUCUCAUAUCACAGACGAUGAUUUACUUGAUUGAGGAAAGCCUCGAACCGAAGCCACAGGCUCGGCUUUUGAAAAGAUUGUGGACUAUGCGGGAUGGUCUUGUCAACCUUAACCUUGAAGACGAAAGCUCUGCCCACCUGAGGGAAUUAUUACUUCAGUGCGUCAUCCAAGUUCCUCACAUAAAAAAUGACGAUGGGCGGAAGUUUUUGAUCUUUCUUUUUGGACUGAAUAUCAAUUUCAUCGAGACUCUCCACAAAGCGAUCAAGCAACAGAUUCCAGUUUGUCCCAAGUCCAUCUUGGAUUGGUACGCUGAGAUCUACUUCAAGGCGUGGAAAGCAUCCACUGGAUUGUUCAGAGAGAAAAUCGAAAUCCAGUGUAUCCAAGAUUUGAUGUAUCAUGCCGUGCACGCCUCAAGGAGCUCACCAAAGCCGAUGUCCUCCACUCUGAGGAAGUUUCUUACCUAUUUCCACAAUCAGAAACAUCAGCGAGGUGUCGAUGGUAUGUUACUCAGGCUUUAUGAACCGUUCAUAUGGAGAUCAGUCAAGGUUGCCAAUAGUAAUGUGAGGGCAAAUGCAGUGGCGUUGCUGAUUGAUGCAUUCCCGCUGAACAGAGAGGGUGCCACCAAUGUGGAGACUGACAAUCUCGUUCAGAAGCAGUUGGACAUAUUUCAGUCGUUGAUGUAUGAUCCUUGCCCAACAGUGCGGGUGACGGCAAUCCUAGGUGUCUGCCGGAUCUGUAAGGAUUACUGGGAGCUGAUCCCGCCAAACAACAUUAUUGGCUUCAUGCAGAAUAUCAUCAACGAUUUAGCCUGGGAUUGUUCUACUGCUGACGUCAGGGUCAGCGUUCUCAGAGGUUUGACCCACUUAGUUGGCCAACAUCUUUGCCACCCCAUGUUAAACACCCUUUUGCCAAGGUUACAGAAUAUGAUCCAUGAUAACUCUGAGAAGGUCCGCGUUGCCAUGGUAGACCUACUCCUGAAGAUUAAAGGCAUGCGCUUGAUUAAGGUCUGGCAUGUCGUCUCAAUGGACCACCUCCUCGUUCGACUGACCAUGGAUUCUGCGCCUGUUGUCCGACGUAUUGCCAACCUCAUCCACAGUAGCUUUAUGCCUGCGGAUAAAUCACCUGAGGUUCUGUUGAGUCGAUGCGUCGCACUGUUGCAAGCCAACCCUGCUGCUGCCAGGAAGUUUUACCGAUAUGUGCCCGCACGGAUGUCUCUUACUGAUAUUGGCAAAUUCAUGCUACUGACAUGCAACUUCAUUCUGAACUGCAUCAUGAGAGAAGACCCCGAGAUGAAGGAUCGUGAUGAAUCACAAAUGCCAGAAGAAGAGGAGGACUCCAUGGACAUCACCGUCCACAAUGUUGACAUCAUGGCAGGUUUCAUGGAAACGUUGGCCAUCCUCUGGACAGGCAUCAGCCACUUGCUUGAGACACCAGAAGCGGCACAGAUCAAACGAGCCCUGGAGAAGAAAUUUGUCAUGGCACUUCCGAGAUUUUUCAAAGUAUUUCAGGAUCCGAGGAUUUGCUCGGCGAUGGUUUUGCUGGCCGGGCACCUCCCUGCAAAUAAUCUACCCAUGUUCAGUAAAAGUUGUCUGUCCAAAUUGCGUAAUAUGCAUCCUGACCAAACCCCUGAGGAGUACGGCCCCAUGCUGGAGUCGAUGUGCAGCUGGGGGAAAGUUGAUGAUGUUCUGGAAUUGGUUGCUGAAUGGUUUAGUAGGGGACUUGAAAUGGCUACGGAAGAGGUUGGAAAGAAAGGUGCCAAGGAGCGUAAAGUGUGUUUCCAAGACCCAGUAGAUCCCAAGCCCGUGCUUGGGCUGCAUUACAUGAGCUACCUGGUUAGGGGUUAUGCGUGUCGGGAAGUGGUACUGAAAGAUUCAUUGCCAAGACUCAGGGAGAUCACAGCUCAGCUAAAGACUGUUAUGGCCUGUAUUAGGAAACGCUUUGAGACCAACAACCAGCUGAGCAAGCACUGUAGCGACGAGUUUCUCGUCGAGGCCUUUGAGAUGUACUGCAAACUGGAAGUCUUGCUGCACGAUCCGGAGGACAACACGCACAGUGCAGUCGCAUCAUUUGAGCAACUCCUGCCCUGGGCAGACAUAGAACUUCUUUCCGCCUUGGGCAACACUGCAGCCCAAGCGGGCGAGAAGCGGGCUCUCUCUGAUGCCGACGCCUCAGCUCUCAAGGAGCUGGCGGAAAAACUGGUCGACGUCUUGCUGACUGUGGCUGGGAAUAUGUUUCUGGUUGGAGUCGGAGAUGAAGAAUUCUCGUCACUGAUUGCAGACUUUGCGAACCUGGUCCUGGACACAGACUCGCUUCCAACAUUGAUUCUCCCCUGUGUAAAGCUUCUCUACCAAAUGACAGAGUACACCUACUCACUGAAGACAGAUGAAACAGAUGAAGGCAUCGGGACCAACACCGACGUCAUACCUGGUAUGUUGAGUCGGGUCGUCCAGGCACUCGCUAAAAUCAUCAGAAAUCAUCUUGAGCUAUCAACAAAAAUUUUUCACGAUGUUAAACCAGCUUUUGGUGAAGCUGUACGCGCGUACUACAGUCAUCCUAACAGUUUAAAGAUAGUGUCCAACGACGUCAUGGCAACCAUCAUGGCCGCCGUUGUCUCCGAGGUCACAAGAACUGUUGCAGAGGAAGGUGAAGUCCUUUCGUGUAAAAAGGUCCAAGAGUUGCCGCCGCUCUCAAACCUUCUGAUGGACGUAGUCGUGAAACAGAAUAAGCUGUGUAGUUUGUUCCUGGAAGAGCUCCACCAGUGCACCAAAGCUGGGGUCUUGCAGGAUAUACAGGGAUAUACCGCCGUUCUUCACAUACUCGACAUUAUAAUGAAAGCUAAACCGACCUCAUCUGCUCUAAAGGACUGCGUCAUGACUGUCCAGUUGAAGUUUGAGGAAUUAGAGGAACCAGAUAUGGCCGAGGAUUCCGUCAAAAUUGAACUUUACAAAGAGACAAAGAACUUAUUGCAUAAUAACAUGAACACUCUUGGGGUGGUAAUGUGAGGAUGCUACAGUGCUGCAGGUAUCCUACUUUAGACACGUGCAACAUGAGACAAUCUACAUUUAGUUUAGAUUCAACGGCUGUAUGAACUAAUGUAUGGUGGACUACAAACAUUUGCUAGUGCUAGUGUACGUUCUGGUGUCACCUUGAAAGACUGUUUGUCCAUUAUACUAGUACAUGGUUUGAACACAGCUGAGCGCCGUGCCCUUGGGCCUCUUGUUAUCCUGGGGGCUCUACAGCUGUCUAUAGUGGAACAAUUGGUGUCUCAGCAAAAAAUGAAAUGUAGAAUUACAAUUCAGAUGCCUUACUGGUCUGAGCGAAAGAAAAUUAUCACAGUGAAGGUCAUCCUGGACAGCUGCUUGACAUACCUUUUGUUGUAAAACAUGAGAUCAUCAUCAUCAUCAUCAUCAUUCCCGGCAUCGUAACCCUAUUAUAUUUUUGCCGGAAAGUCUUUGUCCACCAAAAAUAGACUGAUGUGUAGCAACAUGCAAAAUAUGGAAUAAAAUCAUUGUGAUGGUGCCUACCAUAGAUAAUGGUGGGAAGUGUGGUAGUAUGCACUAAACAGCCCGAAUAUGUAACAGAAAAUGACCUCGCCAGCUUCUGUAUGGUUGUAAAGUGUGACAACCGAGGACUGUCCGGAUGUGUGGUGUGUAUGAGCCUAUUGAAAGAGUCCCUUAUUCAAGGAUUCUCAACGAAGGUAUGAUAUUACUUCUCGUAUUGGGAGGGGUGGCAAUUUGCAAUAUCUAGUUGUCAGCCCCUCCCAUCCUGCAUGAAAAAACCCACAUAUUUCUGUUCUUUUCUUGAUUUUGAAAGCUUAUAUUUAUUAUGCAAGGUAAAGUGGGGAAAAGCUAGCCCUUCUAUUGUGUUCUAUUCCUAACUUUCAAGUUGUCAAUACAGAAACAAUAGCAGGGACAAGCUUUGUCCUAUUGAUUCUGUUGUUUUAUUGAGCUUGUGUCAAAUCCUAUUUUGACAAAGAUAUGCAAUGUAUUCGUACUCUUAAAGUACAUUUUGUAUAUUGAGUAAAUGCUGAGAUCAUGAUAAAAAGCUUUGUUAAUU